AUUUAAUGAAGCCAUCAUCUAAUGCUUCUCAAUAAGCAAAUCAAUGGGCAUUGAAAAAGAAGGAGCAAAUGGAAAAGGCUGCUCAGAUGAGAGCAGAACGAAAAUUAGCUGCAACUGGAGAAAUGGCUUUGGGUACUAAAACAAAUUAUGGUACUUAUAUUAAGUAUCCAAAGAUUAUGAUAAACCUCCAAGUUAAAAUUCUUAAAAAUAAUAUUACUAAUCUGAUUUAGGUAAUAAUAACUUAAGAUAACAAUAAUAUGGUCAGCAGUAAUUUUAAAUGAAUGAUAUUGGUUUUCAAAAUGUUUAGCCUAACCGGCAGUCAUCCUUAGGAAAACAACAACCCUAACCUUCUUAUGAUAAGUAUGGUUAUAAUUAAAAUCCUCAAUUUACGAAUAAUAAACCUCCUAGUUAGGAAGGCUAAAGAAGAGUUUAGCAAGGAAUCCAAUAGAAACCAUAAAUGAAUUAAGUACAACAGAACAGAUAAUAAUAUGGCAAAAUUGAUGAUGACUACAAUUAUCAAAAUAGAUAAUACGGAUAACCCAAACAAUAAUAAUAAUAAUAACCAUAUAAUGCUAAAUAACCUCCACCAGUUUAAAAACAAUAAUAAUACAGACCACCUUCAGGAACAUAUGAUUAAUCUAAUGCAUAUAAUAAGCCUUCUAAUUAAACAAUAAAACCACCUGUUCAAUCCAUCAAGUAAUCAACAAAUAAUAAGUAAUCAAGUAAUCUUAGAAAUAAUUAACAACCCUCUUAAUAGCCCUAACAAUAAUACUACAAUCCUAUUGAUGACAUCCCAAUUAAAAAAGGUGAUAAUUAACCUAACAUUAAUAUUCAAAAUCCUGAACCAUUAUACGAGUGUUCAAAAGGAUGUGGCAGAUCUUUUGCAAAACUUGCUUUACAAAAACAUGAAAAGAUUUGUGUGAAAGUUUUUCAAAAAUAGAGAAAAUAAUUUGAUGCUCAGAAGCAUAGAAUUAUUAGCAAUGAAUAAAUUAAUCACAUUAAAAAUCAAGAUAAAAUUGAAUAAAAAUAUGAAAAAGCUUUAGGUUUUAUUUAUUUUAUUAUUUCAGCUAAAAAACAAAAUUGGAAAAAUCAAUCUGAAGCAUUUAGAGCUGCCAUAAUCGCUGCCAAAGGAGGAAAGUUAACAAAAGAUCAAAAGGUUCAAUAUUAAUAAUUAUAUAGAAUGCAAUUCAAGAAGCAAGCAAAUCAAAUUUAACAUAAUGCAACUAUUGUGGAAGAAGCUUCAACCAAUAAGCAGCUGAAAGACAUAUUCCAUUUUGUGCUUCAAAAGCAAAGUUUCCUCCUAAACAACCUUAAAAAAGGAGAUGAU